AAAACCCUAACCCUAAUUUCAGCUACUCCGGUGAGUGAACUUCAGAAAUGAGCCGAGGAAGCGGAUCCGGGCCGUCGGGGGCCAAGGCGGGGAAGAAGAAGGGGUCGACGUUCGUGAUCGACUGCGCGAAACCGGUGGAGGACAAGAUCAUGGACAUCGCGUCCUUGGAGAAGUUCCUCCAAGAGCGCAUCAAGGUUGGCGGUGGAAAGCCCGGAGCUUUCGGUGAUGCUGUCACUGUCACUCGCGAGAAGACCAAAAUCACCGUCACCACCGACGGCCCCUUCUCUAAGCGGUAUUUGAAGUACUUAACAAAGAAGUACUUGAAGAAGCAUAAUGUCCGGGAUUGGCUGCGGGUGAUUUCAUCAAAUAAGGACCGCAACGUGUAUGAGCUGAGGUACUUCAACAUUGCUGAGAACGAGGGCGAGGAGGAAGAGUGAUUUGCUGCGGCAACAGAACCGGGAUUGUUUUCGUUUGAGCUUUAGUUUUAAUGUUAUUUGAAUGCCACCACUUCUGUCUGAAGGAAACUAGCAUUUGCAGCUACUUCUGUUUGUGGUUUACUAUGUAUUAUGAAAAUUUUGUAAACCUUUAUUUGUCAGAAAACUAUGUGAUUUUUCUUCCAGCUUCCAACGAAUGAUUUAUCUGUUGUCA